UUGCUGAGCUGCCAUGUGGGUACCCGUCUGCAGGCACGGCUGACGGCCCGCUGUUCUUUCCCAUCCGGAGGGCUGAGUUUCAAGCUGGUGCCUCCACUUUGGGCUCACUGCCCUGCAGCAAUGGGGCUCAGCAGCAUCCCCACCUUUCCUGCCGUCUCCCAACCACCCUGCACGCAAACCUGACUGUGCUGCAAAGUUAAUAAACUUGUCACUUGAGCUUUGCCCGCACCAGCCAAGCCAUCAUCUAAAUUUGGGUGAUUAUGUUCACCCAGGCCAAGUAUCAAGUUAUCUGGAUCACAUGUGCUCCCAGCUGCUAUUUAACUCUGAAGCCUCUGGGAGACGCGGCGCUUUAACCUCCCCCAACAAGGCCAGCUGUUUGGAUUUCAUAUCAUUUUUAUUACAACGUUUAGGCACCGCCACCACGGAAUUACGGGACUUCUUUGCCAAAGCCCGCAAUGGUUCGGUCCGGCUCAUCAAGGUGAUCAUCGAGGAAGAACAGCUCGUUUUGGGGGCGCACAAGGAGCUGGCCCGGCGUUGGGACGUGGACUAUGAUGCCUUUGUGCUGCCCUUGCUGGACGAGCAGCAGCCGUGCUAUGUGCUGUACCGCCUGGACAGCCAGAACGCCCAGGGCUACGAGUGGCUCUUUAUCUCCUGGUCCCCUGAUAACUCCCCGGUCAGGCUGAAGAUGCUGUACGCUGCAACCAGAGCAACGGUGAAGAAAGAGUUUGGAGGGGGGCACAUAAAGGAUGAGAUGUUUGGAACAGUUAAGGAGGAUGUGUCCCUCAGUGGGUACCAGAAGCACGUGUCAUCCUGCUCUGCGCCCGCCCCGCUGACUGCAGCUGAGCAGGAGCUCCAGCAGAUCCGCAUCAAUGAGGGUGAAGUGGCCCAGGACCUGCUUUCCCCGGCCUCCAGCAGAGACGUGGUAGGCCUGCACCCUCCCAGCAUGUUGGUACCACCCCCUCCUUGUUCCCAGACCCAUCCCAUCCCUGUGUGGGUGCUGUUGACAGUGUCUCCUCUCCCCCACCCGCAGGAUGCCUGCUCACAAGACUCAAGCACAGAGAUGGUGAAAACAGAGAUCAGUGUGGAGAGCAAGCACCAGACCCUGCAGGGCCUGGCCUUCCCCCUGCAGCUGGACGCACAGCAGGCUAUCCAGGCGCUGAAGCAGAAGAAAAUCAACUACAUCCAGCUGAAGCUGGAUCUGGAGCGGGAGACCAUCGACCUGGUGCACACGAGCCCCACGGAUAUCUCUGACCUGCCCAAGAGGAUCCCACAGGACUCUGCUCGCUACCACUUCUUCCUGUACAAGCACUCACAUGAGGGAGACUACCUGGAGUCUGUUGUGUUCAUCUACUCCAUGCCUGGGUACAAAUGCAGCAUCAAGGAGCGCAUGCUCUACUCCAGCUGCAAGAGCCGGUUGCUCGACACCGUGGAGCAGGAGUUCUGUCUGGAGAUAGCGAAGAAGAUUGAGAUCGACGACGGCGCUGAGCUGACGGCAGAGUUCCUGUAUGACGAGGUGCACCCCAAGCAGCACGCCUUCAAGCAGGCCUUUGCCAAGCCCAAAGGGCCUGUAGGGAAACGGGGACAGAAGAGGCUGAUCAAAGGGCCAGGAGAGAACGGCGAGGACAGUUAGAUGCGGAUGAGGCAGGGACGGGUGGUGAAUGGACAGCAUCCCCCCCUGACGUUUCCCAGCUUCCAACCCUUCGUUCCAGGCCUUUUCUGCUGACCUGGGGAUCUUUCCCUCCAUCUCAGCCUUCCCCUCCCCUUCUUUUCCCUUUUUCAUUCCUUUCUGAGCAUCAGGACGGGUUGUUUCUCCCGACGCAGAGCGGUGGGAUGGGGACAGGCUGUAGGCGUUCGUGUUUCUUUCUCCGUGUCCUUGUGUGAGCCUGGGGGCAGCUGGGGAAGCAUGGGAGCAGCAGGACCAUGUCCCCAACCUACUCUGGUCCCAGCUGGGACCGCAGCUUUCCCUUGGUUUACCUGUGCCGAGGGAAGGACUCGCUCACCUGCAAGCUGCUCUGUGCAAAGGAAGGAGGUGGCACCUGGCACUGGUUUAAUAGCAGAUAACAUUAAAUGCUUCUUUUCCUCCUCCCUCCCUCUUCCUACAGCCUUUGCUCGGCAGAGCCCCACUGUGCAAGUCCUAUGGCUGCCCAAGCCUCUCCAGGCUGCAGCCCACACCCAUCCCUGCAGGGGGGACUUUGCUGCUGCAGCCCCAGCACCUGGCAGGAGCAUUUGUCCCUGGUAAGAGACAGCCCUUGUUCUAUCUGGAUUUGCCUUUUGGGGAGUACAGAUGCUUUCCCCUUCCCCUCUCGCUCCCAGCUGUUAUGUAGAGCAUCUUCAUGGCCAGGGCCCUGGACAUGCAAGCAGCAGCUGCCCAGUUCCUGAUGCUGCUGGUGGCUUCCCAUACAGCCACUCCAUGCUGUUCCCACCCAGCUCUAGGUCCCUGUGCCUCCUGGGCUGGGCUGGCUGUGAAGCCCCUUGGGUCUGAGCCUGGUCCUCGGGGCCGCUGGGGCACAGGGAUGUGGCUCAAUGGACUUUGAAGUCGGUUUCUCAUGAGCAUGGGAGGAGGAAGGGCAGCACCCAGCUCUGCUUCGGUCCAGUCUUGGCACAGGGCAAGGUCUGAGCUCCACCUGACUUUGGAGAAAGGUUACUGUGCCUGUUGGCAAUGUUUGGAUCCCCUUUCUGACCCACCAAGGACAGCCUUUUCCCUCGGAGGGAGCUGUUACAGCCCUGCCUCAGCCCUGCAGCUGGGUUAAGGACAGGAGCCAGAACCCAUUUCAUGACACCUCUGUCCCCUGUGCUGUCUGUCGUUGUACUUCAUCCUCCCCCAUUUUUGCUUCACCCCCCCAUCCCUGUGCUUUUAUCAGCAUAGGGGUGCCUCGGUGUUUGUAGUGUGAUUGCAAGGCAGGGGCUGGGGCUGGCCUGACUGCUCCAUUAAUUCUGGGUGUUGUCACCUUUGGGACAAACCUCUGAUCCAGGCUGGCACCCAGGUGUGAGAGAGGGGGUGGCUGGACUUUGCAAGAAAAAAAGGGGGUGGGAAAUGGGAUUAAGCCCUGAGCCCCUGGAAGGCCACCCAGCUACCACACACCUGGGCUGCCCCAAUUCCUGGCACAAGGAGGGCUGCCCAUAGGGAGGGUCAGCUGGGGCUCAACUGUGCUCACAGCAUAGAGGACAUCGUUGGCCACCAAGGGCUGUCCCCAGGGGCUGAGUUUGGCACUGUGGCUUUGGCUUUUCUUAGAGGAUUUGGGGAGGAGGGCACCUUGCUGCUGGCUACCAGCGAGGCCUGCUUCCCCCACCCCCCCGGGCAAUGGUAACACCAGGGCUGCUCCCGUGCCCUUCCCCACUCACCGGUGAAUGUGCCGAUGUUGCCUUGACGGUGUUGGGGUGCCCCAGUGAAGGGGGGGUGUGAAGCCUGGGGGGAGCGGAGCACACUGUACUGAAUGCUGUAUUUUCUAAAGAAUAAAGUAUUUUUAAAGCA